AUGGCUUCAUCCGUGGUGUGUUCAUGGCUGAUGGCGGCAUGCAUGUCAGUUGCUUGUGAAAAUGACUCCAAGACGACCAUUUCGAUGUUGAGCUCCGACCCAUCUCUGUCCUCGCGAUUUACCAAAUGGGCUGCUCGUAAAAGGAGGAGGGCUUUUCCUAUUUCGCCCAAAUGUGCAGCUGGCCCCCCUCAAUUUUCUAGAAUUCGUAAUCUUAUGAGUUCUUGUUUGGCCUUUGAGCCCUGCCCUGACUUUUGCAGGAAUAGUUCUUCUUCUUUUCCUUCCUUAGCCCUUUCUUCUUCCCCUUUCUUCUCUGGUGGUGAUAACGGAGCUCUUGCUCUCGGUCAUGGCAGGCGCAAUAAGCUCAAUCAACCUGUCCAUUCUGGGAAAGCAGUAGCCAUAGCAGUGCAGCCUACUAUGGAAGCUGCUCCAAAGAAGAAACCUCCCACCAAGCAAAGGAGAGUGGUUGUGACAGGAAUGGGUGUAGAGACUCCUCUUGGUGAUAAUCCAGAUGUAUUUUACACUAAUUUGCUUCAAGGUGCUAGUGGCAUAAGUGAGAUAGAGGCUUUUGAUUGUUCCAAUUUCCCUACAAGAAUUGCUGGGGAGAUCAAAUCUUUCACAACAGAUGGUUGGGUUGCGCCUAAACUUUCUAAAAGAAUGGAUAAGUUCAUGCUUUACAUGCUGACUGCAGGGAAGAAGGCAUUGGCUGAUGGUGGAAUUACUGAAGAUAUUAUGGAUGAACUGGACAAAACUAAGUGUGGGGUGUUGAUUGGCUCAGCUAUGGGUGGGAUGCAGGUUUUCAAUGAUGCAAUUGAAGCUUUACGGAUCUCAUACAAGAAGAUGAAUCCUUUUUGCGUACCUUUUGCAACCACAAACAUGGGUUCUGCCAUGCUGGCCAUGGAUUUGGGAUGGAUGGGUCCAAACUAUUCGAUAUCUACUGCCUGUGCUACAAGCAACUUUUGCAUAUUGAAUGCAGCUAAUCACAUCAUUAGAGGAGAAGCUGAUAUGAUGCUUUGUGGAGGCUCGGAUGCUGCCAUCAUACCCAUUGGAUUGGGCGGUUUUGUCGCAUGUAGAGCACUUUCUCAAAGAAACAGUGACCCAAGUAAAGCUUCACGCCCUUGGGACAGUAAUCGUGAUGGAUUUGUUAUGGGAGAAGGAGCUGGAGUUCUACUUCUGGAGGAACUUGAACAUGCCAAGGGAAGAGGUGCAAAUAUUUAUGCAGAGUUUUUGGGUGGAAGCUUCACUUGUGACGCUUAUCACAUGACAGAGCCACAUCCACAAGGAACUGGUGUCAUCCUGUGCAUAGAGAAGGCUUUGUCUCAGUCUGGGGUGUCUAGGGGAGAUGUAAACUAUAUUAACGCACAUGCUACAUCCACACCCGCUGGAGACCUUAAGGAAUAUCAAGCUCUUGUUCAUUGUUUUGGCGAGAACCAAGAGUUACGUGUGAACUCUACAAAAUCCAUGAUUGGCCAUCUGCUAGGAGCAGCUGGGGGUGUUGAAGCUGUUGCUACCGUUCAGGCUAUAAGGACAGGAUGGGUUCAUCCAAACAUCAAUCUUGAAAACCCAGAUGAUGACGUGGACACUAAACUGUUGGUUGGCCCGGAGAAAGAACGACUUGAUAUUAAAAUAGCUUUGUCCAACUCGUUUGGAUUUGGUGGGCACAACUCUUCAAUAUUGUUCGCUCCAUACAAGUGAAUUUCUUUUGGGGGGGCUUGAUUCUGCCAGAUGUGAUGCUCUAGAUAUUCAAUCUUUUUAACUUUUUCGAGUACUUCAGAAAUCCUCAAGGCUCUUGUGGCUGCUUUACUGAGAAUGCAUCAUAUACUAGUGCGCAGUGCACUUAGUGAUAUUCUCUGGAUUCCUUUUCCCGAACGAAUUGGAUGUUUGCCUGUGCCCGGACAAAGGGUCUUUUGGGGUGCUAUUCAAGGGAAAAACACGAGCUCCUCUGAAUCCCAUGAACCUAUUGCAGAUUUUAUUGGAUUUCUUCCCUCCAGACAUUCCCUUCAUUUCAUGCAUAUAAUUAUUGUAGGGCUUUGAUGAUGAUAUGAACUAGAGGGCAUUGCGACAAUACAAGGUGCCUGUGCUUGGUUUAGCCGUCUCCCUGUACAAGUAAUUAUUGCUGACCUGUACCACUAAAUUUUGAUCUAAAAAAUUUGCCUGUGGCAUUUAUUUUUUAUUGAACUGACGGUUCUUCCUCCGGUCCAACGGAGGGCAA